UGCCUCAGCUGACCCACAGAAGACGCCUGAGACGCCGCCAGGGAGCCAGGGGCCUCCGCCAUGGGAAAGGAAGGGGAGCGGGGCUGAAGGCCGGGUGAGGGAGGGAGGAGGGAUGAGCAGCCCCGCGUCGGCCCCGGGCCCCGGCUCGGGCUCUGCCCCCUGCCGCUUCGCCCACUACUUCGUCCUCUGCGGGAUCGACGCCGACAGCGGACUCGAGCCAGACGAACUGGCAGUCUUAUACCAGUGGUUAGAAGCUGAUCGCCAUGGCAAGAGCUCAGAUACUGCAAACAGAACAUCAGGAGAAAAUUUUGACCAGAGUCCCCUAAGAAGAACUUUCAAGUCAAAAGUCUUGGCUCAUUAUCCCCAGAACAUUGAAUGGAACCCCUUUGAUCAAGAUGCAGUCAAUAUGCUGUGUAUGCCGAAAGGGCUAUCCUUCAGGACUCAGACUGAUAAUAGAGACCCUCAGUUCCACUCAUACAUUAUUACUCGGGAAGAUGGUUCCCGCACUUACGGGUUUGUACUUACCUUUUACGAGGAGGUCACAAGCAAACAAAUUUGCACAGCCAUGCAAACUCUUUAUCAAAUGCACAAUGCCGAGCAAUGCAACAGUGUCUGCGCCUCGUCAUCAUGUAGCAUGGACUCCCUGGCCAGCAGUCUUGACGAAGGCGACUCUACAUCACUGGCCAAGAUGCAGCGCUACAACUCAUAUGAUAUCAACAGGGAUACACUGUAUGUCUCCAAAUGUAUUUGUCUCAUUGCUCCCUUGCCUUUCAUGCAAGCAUGCAAGAAAUUCCUUAUCCAGCUUUACAAGGCAGUCACAUCUCAGCAACCUCCACCUUUGCCCCUGGAGAGCUACAUCCAUAACAUCCUCUAUGAAGUGCCCCUUCCUCCCCCAGGAAGGUCGCUAAAAUUUUAUGGGGUGUACGAGCCUAUCGUUUGCCAGAGGCCUGGGCCUAAUGAACUCCCGCUAUUUGACUAUGCACUCCGGGAGGCUUUUGAACUGCUGGGCUUGGAGAACCUCAUUCAGGUUUUUACAUGUGUUCUCCUAGAAAUGCAGAUCCUUCUUUAUUCUCAAGACUACCAGCGCCUGAUGACAGUCGCAGAGGGGAUCACCACGCUACUCUUCCCAUUUCAGUGGCAACAUGUGUACGUACCCAUCCUCCCAGCUUCUCUCCUACAUUUCCUUGAUGCUCCUGUACCAUACUUGAUGGGCCUGCAGUCCAAGGAGGGAACAGACCGUUCCAAACUGGAACUUCCCCAAGAGGCCAACCUCUGUUUUGUGGAUAUCGAUAACCACUUUAUAGAGCUGCCAGAGGAACUCCCUCAGUUUCCAAACAAGCUGGAUUUCAUCCAAGAAAUCUCUGAGGUUCUCCUUCAGUUUGGAAUUCCCUUUGAGGGUACCUUCCAUUGUAGCGAGAGUGCCAGCAAGUUAAAGAACCUAGUCCUUAAUGACUUGACCAAUGACAAAAAGAAUGGAAACAUCUCCAACAACACCAUCAACAUGUACGAGCUCCUUAAAGGCAAUGAAACGAUCGCCCGUCUCCAUGCAUUGGCAAAAAGGACAGGGGUUGCAGUGGAUAAGAUGAGCAUUACCACUCCUCUGGCAGAAAGAGAGAGAGAUGUAAAGCUCCAGUGUGAAGAUGGGGAGCUGAGGGACUACAAAAUGAAUGUGCAGCUUCGGGAGGUCUUUGCCAACCGCUUCACACAGAUGUUUGCCGAUUAUGAAGCUUUUGUCAUUCAAGCAGCACAGGAUAGGGAAUCGUGGCUGACAAACAGGGAACAGAUGCAAAAUUUUGACAAAGCUUCAUUUCUCUCUGACCAGCCUGAGCCUUACCUUCCAUUCCUCUCACACUUUAUUGAAACCCAAAUGUUUGCAACAUUCAUCGACAAUAAAAUCAUGUCCCAAUGGGAAGAAAAAGAUCCAUUUCUCCGAGUGUUUGACUCCAGGAUUGAGAAGAUAAGACUGUAUAAUGUCAGGGCCCCUACAUUAAGAACAUCUAUAUAUCAGAAGUGCAACACUUUGAAAGAAGCAGCUCAAGCUAUCGAAAACCGUCUGUCGAAGAUAGAUCACACUGCAAUACAUCCACACCUGCUCGAUAUGAAGAUAGGUCAGGGCAAAUACGAACAAGGUUUCUUCCCUAAACUUCAAUCAGAUGUGUUAGCAGCUGGACCUACCAAUAACAAUCGGUGGGUGAGUCGCAGUGCUACAGCACAACGCAGGAAAGAUCGCAUCCGACAGCAUUCAGAGCACAUUAGUUUGGACAAUGAUUUAAGAGAGAAGUACAUGCAAGAAGCAAGGACUUUGGGGAAAAAUCUGAGGCAGCCCAAACUCUCUGAUCUUUCUCCUGCAGUAAUUGCUCAGACAAACUGGAAAUUUGUGGAAGGUUUACUCAAAGAAUGUCGAAUGAAGACCAAACGUAUGCUGGUAGAGAAGAUGGGCCAUGAAGCAGUGGAACUGGGACAUGGUGAAGCCAACAUAACAGGACUGGAAGAAAAUACUCUCAUUGCUAGUCUUUGUGACCUGCUGGAAAGAAUUUGGAGCCAUGGGCUACAAGUCAAACAGGGAAAAUCUGCAUUGUGGUCUCAUUUAAUUCAGUACCAGGAACGAGAAGAGAAACAGGAGCAACUGGCAGAAUCACCAAUUGCUGCUGGGCCAGAAAGAAGGAAGUCUGACACAGGGGUUAUGCUACCUACUCUGAGAGUCUCACUCAUCAGUGAUAUGAGGCACAUCCAGAACAUGAGUGAAAUAAAGACCGACGUGGGUCGAGCUCGAGCCUGGAUAAGGCUAUCCCUUGAAAAGAAACUUUUGUCUCAACAUCUCAAGCAGCUUCUUUCCAAUCAAGCCUUGGCAAAGAAACUAUACAAGCGUUAUGCUUUCCUGCGGUGUGAAGAAGAGCGGGAGCAGUUCCUUUAUCACCUUCUCUCACUCAAUGCUGUAAAUUACUUCUGCUUCACAAGUGUCUUCACCACUAUCAUGAUUCCAUAUAGGACAGUGAUCAUUCCUAUAAAAAAGCUAAGUAAUGCAAUCACGACAUCAAAUCCCUGGAUUUGUGUUUCGGGAGAACUGGGAGAUACUGGAAUAAUGCAGAUUCCAAAAAAUCUUCUAGAAAUGACAUUUGAGUGUCAGAACUUGGGGAAGUUGACCACUGUUCAGAUAGGUCAUGACAACUCUGGACUGUUAGCCAAAUGGCUGGUGGACUGUGUUAUGGUCAGGAAUGAAAUCACAGGGCACACCUAUAAGUUUCCAUGUGGAAGGUGGCUGGGGAAAGGUAUUGAUGAUGGAAGCCUGGAGCGGAUUCUUAUAGGAGAGUUGAUUUCAACAUCAUCAGAUGAAGACCUUGGGAAGCAGUGUCGGACCCCACCACAGCAGAAAUCCCCAACCUCAGCUCGGAGAUUGAGCAUCACUUCCCUCACAGGAAAAAAUACAAAACCCAACGCAGGACAAAUCCAAGAAGGAAUUGGGGAAGCAGUCAACAAUAUAGUGAAGCAUUUUCAUAAACCUGAGAAAGAGAGAGGAAGCCUCACUGUUCUCUUGUGUGGAGAAAAUGGCUUGGUUGCAGCACUGGAGCAAGUCUUCCACCAUGGUUUCAAGUCCGCUCGUAUCUUCCAUAAAAACAUCUUCAUCUGGGACUUCAUAGAAAAGGCUGUUGCCUACUUUGAGACUACUGACCAGAUUGGGGACAGUGAAGAAGAUGUACUCCUCCAAAAGUCCUCCUGCAAAACAUUCUGCCACUAUGUAAAUGCAAUCAAUACUGCUCCACGGAAUAUAGGGAAAGAUGGCAAAUUUCAAAUUCUGAUUUGCCUCGGAACUCGAGAUCACUUGCUCUCACAGUGGAUUCCACUACUGGCCGAGUGUCCAGCCAUCACCCGCAUGUAUGAAGAAAAUGCUCUCCUACGCGACCGUAUGAUGGUGAACUCCCUUAUUCGAGUCCUGCAGACUCUGCAGGAUUUCAACAUCAUCUUGGAAGGAUCACUCAUAAAAGGGGUGGAUGUGUAGCAGAUGCCUCCAUCUUUUUUCUUUCAUCUUCCAGGAAAUGAAAUGUUAAUGAAUAUGGGAGAGGACAGAUCUGUUGAAACGCAAAUACUGCUGGUAGUUCUCCACUGUAUGUUCAAAAUCAGCUUGUUGAUAGGUGAUGGGGCACCCACAACUCAUGUAGUCUCCUUACUGCUCUGCAGCUGCAAACAAGCUAAACUGAAGUAUUGUAGUUUUCAAAUCCGAAGUUUAGUAUAAAAAAUAGAGUAUUUUCAUGUGUUCAAUGUGUGUAAAUAGAGGCUAUCUUCCUUCAGAAAUAUUACCAAUAAGAAACUUUUCUUAGAAUCAGUGUUCUCGGUUUGUGGGGGAAGUAGCUUAAAACAACUUUAUAGGGUUGGGGGAGGGGAAGGAUCAUUUCUUGCGCAUACCAUGGGGGAAAGCCACUUUGUGUGUAAAUAUACUGUACAAAUGUUAGCAGAGGGGCUUUUUCAUGUAUUGCAAAGGAACACAUGAAAACUCUCUGGGUAGCUGUGCUCUUUUUGUGAAAUGUAUAUGGUUUGCUUUAUGCCCUGUACAUGUUGGUCUCUUGUUAUAUCCUUUAGGUUUGAACCUUUUUUUGAUGUGCAUCAAAUAAGCUGUGAGUAAUAGGAUUCUGCAUCCUCUUUUUGACUUUGUUGCUCAGCGCAAAUGGUACAAAGAAAUGAUUUCACACUGAACCUGAAAAAUACCUGAGCUUCACACAGGUGUCUGCCAAGAUCUGCCUGAAUUUUUUUUGCUAUGUUAAAUAAAAUGUGAAUAGUGGGGACAAGGGGGACUAUAUUAUAAGUGUAAUGUGUUAACUGCCCUUUCAACUCUCCUUUCCUUUCCUUUCCCUCCCUUCCUACCUCCAGGUUUUUGGUUUCUGAACAUGAAACUUUCUUGGAAAGGAGGAGGAGUCUGGAGGAAAAAGCAAUAAUUUCUCAUAUACAGUACAGCUUAGUCAGAAUUCUUACAAAAUUUGAACAGUAGAGAGUUUUAAAUGAAGUGGGCUGCUAUCUUUGAUUGGAGCCAACAUUAUGUCCCUAUAUCUCACUGGAGGUUGCAACCAAAAUUUGCCAAAUGUGCUUCCACAACAGUGGCUAACAGUUUUAUCUGUGGCACAGGAAGAUGCUAAGAGUGUCCUCCUAUAUCAUAAAGCACAGUGGGACUGCAAGACAGAUAAAUAGUCCAUUUCCCUUCCUGAAAACAACGGGAAGAGAAGAACAGAGAGAGAAAGCUACUGUAUUUGAUGGUGUGAGUUAUAGAGGCAGACAAUGUAGACAACAACAAAAACGAGUGUGAGGACUGUGUACACCCUAUGAGCUGCACGUUCCUCACUCCUAGUUCAAAAUGUAAAAACCUUCUGGCUGCUGCCUCAUCUUCCUGUACACAAAUAAGGUCUUUUCUCCUGCUUAUUUUAGCUUGUUACCUUAGAUCCACAGGAGCUUUUUUGUGUUUUUUCCAGUGCUUUGCUUCUAAUGCUUUGCUUUGCUCUCCUCUCAAGUAGAGUUACUCUAUGUGAAUCAGAAAGGGUGCAUGUGGCAUGUUGCUUUAGAGGAGACAGCCAGAAAGUAGAGUGUGUGGAAAAAUAUCUUUACAUUCAAUAAGGUAAAGGUGACCUUUUAGGUUUGGUGCUUCCAUUACCAUUAAUGGUCUGGGAGUUCUUUCACCCUUCCUAUCACACCACUGAAGUAACACAAGAAUCUCUAAUCACAUGUGUCAACAGGAACAUAGGGCUGGUCAUUGCUACCAGUGUUGCCCUAUUCUAGGAACCCAUGGCAGUGCUGGCAUGGAAAAUAAUUGUGUUACAGGUCAUCUAGUGUGGCCUCAGCCUUCCUGUGAUAACCAAAUAGCAUGUGAAAGCAUCCUGCUGUAGAUUUAGGGAAGGUUACAACUCCUACAAUGACCCAGUCAGAAUGCCCAGCAGCCAGGUUCACUAGGGAGCCGUAGUUCAAAAAAUUAACUUUUCAGUGCUGCAGAAGAUGGUAACCAUUACAGUAGUAUGUGCAGUAUUAUGUGUAUAUGUGCUCUGAUUCUAGCCUUUUAGCAGGACUGAGGUGACUGAUGCCUGAUUCUAGAGAAUUUUUCUGCCAGGUAGAGAUGUUUAAUAUUUUAAUAGGAAAAAAAGAAUGCUGCAAGUGGAUAUAUAUAGAUCAGGCACAAAUUAUGCACAAAUUGACAGAGGCUAAGUGGGCAACAUGGAUAACAAUUGAGUAUGUAUCAUUCCAUUCCCCUCCCCUUGUUGAUAGGAGAUUUGCCUUAUCAUUUGGAGACUUGGCUUUAUAAGCUUGAUCUUCUGCCACUGAUUUUUGGUUCUUAAUGGGUUUUCUUCCUAUAGGAUCUUUCAUAUCCAGCAAAGUGGUGGAGUUGGAACAACAUACACCAUUAAUUAUGCCUGACAGUGGUCUACUUGGAAGGGAAGCCCUUGGAUAGAAGAAACUGAUUGUUACCACAUAAAACUUUCAUUGGUCUUUUUUGCUCCUCUUCCCUAAGAGAGAGAGGAAGCACAUUGAAAAAAUGGAAAUAGGAAGCAAAAUGCAUUUUUGCUGGAGAAAAGGAUCAUAAUUUUUACAGAAUACUUAUUUCAUCAAAUGAUAAGAUGACUGCAUAUGAUGCUGACAAGAAACUCUCAUAAGACCAGAAUUAUAAAAAUGUCCCAAAUGUUUGAAGCCAUAAGGGGUGGAAUCUGUUUCCUUUUGGGGGGGGAGGGGAGAUUUUUUAAAUUGAAAAUAAUGCAGUAUUAGCACCCUUUGUUAUUUUACCAAUAUAAAAUACAUUAUAAGGAACUUGAUUUGACAUGAUAUUAACAAUACAGUUUAUUCAGAAAGAACUGCAAAUUAAAUCUUCUUUUUUCAAUUUUAUAUUUAUUUAUUUAUUACUACAAGUGGAGCUAGAAGGUUCCUGUGCUGUAAGGAACAACUAAACUAUCAGUAACCUUUUUGGUUUUGCCAGUUUAUGAGGAGCAGGUAUACAAAAUAAUUAAUAACAGAAGAAACCAUUUAUAUUAUUAACGUAAAGGGGAAAAUAGUCGUUUAGUCUUCCAUAAAGCACCCAUUCCAAAGAAAGAACUGAGAAAAGGAAAUCAAGACCGAGAAUUGCAAUGAUGGCAGAUACUGUACAUCAGUGCUUCUCAAAUUAUCUAAUGUGGGGGACCAGAAAUUAUUUUUCCAAAGAGCCAGAGACUGGCACUGUAUUUUUGUCUUCUGGCUGCAGUUGUCUCCUCCUUUUCUAGAAACUCAUCAGGACCAGCAGGCAGUGGCACCAGUCCAUGGCCCACCACUUUUGAGUAGCACUGUUGUGCAUAGUCUUAGCUAAAUGUCCACCUGCUGCGUAGUUUAUUGAAAUAAUAUGAUGUGAGUAAAUAAAACAACACCCUCUCUUAAAUAUUUUAUUCCACAUUUUAAAAGACAGUUUCCAAUAAUUAGUUUUCAAUUUUUCCAGGAAACAAAAUGGGUUUUGAAAAUAAAAAUUCCUGAGUUUUUCUCUCCCUCUCCCCCAUACCAUUAUGUCUCUACACAGGGCUACAUGUACUUGGGGCUUGCAAUCCAUGUGCAGACUGACAGUGGAGGAGGGCACUUGCGAGGACUGAAUUUCUUUUUACAGUUGAAUUGAUUACAAUGACAAAGUUGUAGAGGAAAUAUGGUGGAAUGGGUUACGGGUUAAGUGCACACUCUGCUGCUAUUUUGUACUUCUGCACCAACCAGAGCUUGGAUGAUUUUAUGCUUUGUUACAAGAUGUGUCCUUCCAUCCCAAAUCUGUCCUGCAUUAAUCAGGGACCUUGGAUUGAAUGGCUUCCACAGUCUCUUACAACUCUUUGGUUCUGUUUGCUUGUUGCUGCUUUUUCUGCUACUGAACCACACUGACCUCCAAAGGUCUUUCAACACUGUUUUUAGCCAAACAAGUACAUCAAACUUAUGGAAAUGUUAAUUAUGAACAGUUAGAAAACCCUGAGACAACCAGUGGUUUACAAACAUCAAGGUAUUUUACUAGUAUAUCUGACUACUGGAAAAAUUUAGUUGGUAACUUCUGCCACUAGAUUUAUUGAAACAGCACAUAACUUUUACUGCAUCAGAUUCAUCAAACAGGACUUUGGCAACAUGAAUGUGAUCCAUGUAUUUUGAAGCCUUCACUAAUACUUAUGGAUGCAUCUUUUCAGGAAGCUUGCUGGAUAUUCUCUGGAUCAAACCAGCUUGCUAUAUAUUCUAAUUGUGAAUUUAACUUCAGUUGUGAUUAGAAGUCAAGGAUUAAAAAUCUAAAUGUGAAUAAACCUACAACCCCAGUUAAAGUUAGCAUGAUAACAUGGGAGAAUUAUUUGAAUUUUUUUAUCCCUCUCCAUUUAUUUCUCAGAGCCGCCUUAGGUAACAUAGCUGUGAUUAUAUUUCAAAUACACCUUCAGAAAUUUAGAUUUUUAUAGUUGCUAGGGUUAUUUUCCUUUCUAGAUUUCCAAUUAAUCUUCAGGAAACCAGUGUUACUUGACCACCAUAGUUAAUUUUUCCACUUAAAGCAAACUACAGAUUAUUUACUUAGUUUACCUGUAUUCUGGUAGUCCAUAUUUCUGAUCAUUUUUCUCAAUACCUGAUAGCAAAAGGUGUAAAUAAAACAUCAAACAUGGAUCAGGAGAGAUGAAUAAGAAAAAAAUUUCCCAAGUCUUUUUUUAUUAAAUGGCACUGAGCAGAAAGCAAAAUGCUGUUCAGAUUUUUCCAUUCACUACAAAAGAAUCUGGAGCAAAACUAAUACCUUUGCUUAAAUCCACUUGCUAAUCACAAAUAGAGUAGACUUGCUGAAUUGAUGGAAUUUACAUAAAUGUUGAGUAAUGCAUCAUUCAACAAUAAAUUCAAUGGGUCUGCUUUAUUUGGGUCCAGCAUUUGUAUUUAGGCUCUAGGCUGGAAUCCUUUUGGUAACAUUGUAACAGAACCAGAGACUAUACAGUGGGCCCUUGGGAUCUGUUGAGGUUAGGGUCCAGAACCCCUCGUGGAUACCAAAAUCUGUGGAUGCUCAAGUCCCAUUAUAUACAGUAGCAUAGUAAAAUGGUGUCCCUUAUAGAAAAUGGUAAAAUCAAGGUUUGCUUUUAGGAUAUUUUUUUUUUGUUGGAGUAUUUCCUAGCCAUUGAUGCAGAAUUAAUGGAUAUGGAGGGCUGACUGUAGUAGCAUGCAUAUUUUUUCAGCAUUGUACAAGGAGAUAUCCAGUACCACCUUGCACAUUGGUUUUCAUCAGACUGCACAAUAGUCCCAGGCGUACUUCCAGCCUCAACCCAGAUAGCCAUGGAGUGGUAGAGGCACCCAGCUGGCAGCCCUCUGCAUACAUACACUGUUGUAGCUUUCCACUCUGUCAACAUUUAAAUCAGAUCUUGACCCUAAGUUGUUGGACUCACCACCAUCCUGCCUUGUAGGUACUGGUCUUGUUUGUAGCUUAAAAAAGAAACCUGGAACAGCCACUCCCAACUUGUGCCCUCUAGAUAUUUGGAUUAAAGCUACCAUUAUACAUAACCAUUUGCUUUGUUGGCUAAUGCUGAGGCAGGAUAUAUUCCAAAAUAUUUGAAAGGCACCAGAUUGUGGAAGACUGUUCAACUUUAUUCCCCUGUAUGUUAGGGUUAUUUAAUAACAGGGGGGGGGGGGGAGAUAUGAAUAUAGAUGAAUAAUGAGAUCCCUUUAACAUUUGUAUGGUUGAAAUUCACAAUAGACCUCUUGCCUCCACUGAUAUCCUGUGGGGUUGAACAUUGUACUUGGCAGUAUAGUUUCUUUUGGUAGAGCCGUCAUCUAUUCUCUUAUGUGUCAAUCCAUAUGAAUGAUGUGUGAAAAACAUCCUGUCUGUCUCUUUACUUUUAGGCAAUAUAAUGAUGUACACUUAUGUCAUAUUAUCCCAACUUUGAAGCAUGAGAUUGAUCUCUGAUAGACUAGUCUAUUUGACAACUUCGGGAGUGCAGUUCUUUGUGACAUUUGUUUUAUUCCUUUUGUGUGCAAUUUUACAAAUAAAAAACAGCAACCAGACAGCUUUGAUCACAUGGAACGUAAAUAAAUUAUUCUAAUUUUUAAAAAGGGUGAAGACUUAUCCAUGGUUCUCUGCACCCUUUUGACAUCAGUAUUAAUAAUCCUUUGUGGAUAUGAGAAACUAAAUUUUUAAAAUGACCAAAGCCUUCUGGUAACUUAAAGAGUAAAUUCUGUAUUCAAGAACUGUGGCUCUCAAAUAUUCUUUAAUAGAGUUGCUAUAUUAAUAUAGUUUUUUUAAAUUGAAGAGGAAAAAAAUAGAAUCGAAACGUGGAUUAGUGUGUAAACAGUUUACAAAUCUCAAACUAACCAGAAUGAAGUGGUCUCAGUGCUGGAAGAUUCCCACUUCUUCAUAUUCUAAGCAGACAUUUCUGCAGCCCAUUUACUGAAAGGUAAAUUCCAAUGCAUUAUGUGGAACUGACCUCUGAGUAAAAUGAUUGGGGCUGGGCUGUUAACUGCCUUUUUGUUUAGAGUGUGUUUGAGAAAUGCUGCAGUUAUAUGUAUUUUGUUUUCUCUUCCUCUCAUCAAAAGUAGAUAUCUUACUAAGGAAAAGUUAUAUGUUACACUUGAAAUUAUACAAAUAGACCUGGUAUAGUUUAUUAAAUAACUCCUUCCUCCCCAUCCCUUAAGUAUAUUCAAAGUAUGUUGCUGAAUUCUGUUUUACAUGAUUAGUAAGUUAAUCAAGACUGGAAGUGUUCAAGAAGUGGAUGUCGGUAAAAGUAUUGUUAUUUCAAGCACUUUAGCAUACAUAUCACAAACUGAUGUGGGUUGUUUUUUCUUUUCCCCUUUCCCAGGGUUUGGAUUACAAUUAAAUGCAGCUUUUCAUGCAAUGGUCUUUACAAAUAAAACUGUGAGAAUAUCA